AUGGGAUUUAAACUGCAGAUGAGCUGGAUGCCGAGUCUACUUAGUCAGAAGCGGAGGAACGGCCCGCCUUUAGGGUUAAGGAAUCUCGGCAACACCUGUUACCUCAAUAGUGUUCUUCAGUGCCUCACCUACACUCCUCCUUUCGCCAAUUUCUGCCUUAGUCACAAACACUCCUCUCUCUGCGAUUCGUAUGUGAAUGGGGAGAGGAAACGGGAUUGUCCUUUUUGCAUAGUUGAGAGAAGAAUAGCGAGGUCUCUUAGUGUGGAUCAAAUAAGCGAUGCGCCUAACAAGAUUUCGAGCUGUGUCAAGAUUUUUGCCGAGCAUUUUAAGUUUGGGCGUCAAGAGGACGCUCAUGAGUUCUUGCGUUAUGUGAUUGAUGCGUGCCACAAUACGUCUCUACGCCUGAAGAAGCUGCGGAUGAAUGGUGCUGCUGCUGCUGAGUCUUUGAAUGGAAAUACUGUUGUGAAGGAGAUUUUUGGUGGUGCUUUGCAGAGCCAGGUGAAGUGUUUGUCGUGUGGCGCAGAGUCGAAUAAAGCGGAUGAGAUUAUGGAUAUCAGUCUUGAAAUUUUGCACAGUAACUCAGUGAAGGAAUCAUUGCAAAAGUUCUUUCAGCCAGAGAUUUUAGAUGGCAACAAUAAGUAUAGAUGCGAAAACUGUAAGAAACUGGUCACGGCGAGGAAGCAGAUGUCAGUACUCCAAGCGCCUAAUAUCCUUGUAAUCCAAUUGAAAAGGUUUGAGGGUAUUUUUGGUGGGAAGAUUGACAAGGCCAUUGCAUUUGGUGAGAUUUUGGUUCUCUCGAGUUUCAUGAGUAAAGCAAGCAAGGACCCUCAACCGGAAUACAAGCUUUUUGGUAUAAUUGUGCAUUCAGGAUUUUCUCCCGAAUCUGGGCACUAUUAUGCAUACGUAAAGGAUUCCUUGGGUCAAUGGUAUUGCUGCAAUGAUUCGCUCGUCUCACUCUCCACAUUGCAGGAGGUUUUGUCAGAGAAAGCUUAUAUUCUGUUUUUUAGCCGCUCCAACCAGAGGUCAGCAGCUGCAAAAAAUUUGGUAGCAUCCAAUGGGACUACAUCUCAUGAAGCUAAUGGCUGUGAGACAUCAAAGCCCCAGAAAUUUAUUGGACCCCUGAAACCACGAGCUUUGCAGGAUGACCUGGCUUCUUCAAAGCCCCAGAAAUUUAUUGGGCCCCUGAAACCACAAGCUUUGCAGUCCUUACAGAAGGAUGACCUGGCUUCUUCAAAGCCCCAUAAAUUUGUUAGGACCCUUAAAGAUGUUAAUAUGAAACCACGAACGGAGCAGGCCCUCCAAAAMGAUAACCUGGUUUCUUCCAAAGUUGAAAAGGCUCCUUUGAAGCCACAUGCAAAGAUCAGUAUAUCUGUCAACCUUGGUGCCAAAAGGGUCACUCCUACUGGCAACGGUAGACUAUCUUUCGACCAAGAUGAGAACAUAGCUCCAAAGGCAGACAAGGAGAAUAGUGCGUCAGUUUUGCCAGCUAGGGUUUCCUCUGGGUCGGAGAGAAAGUUUGGUACUGAAAAUGGUGGCAAUGGAGUUAAAGAAAACGGAAGUGCACCAGGUAGUAGUAGUACUAAGCAUGAAGCGACAUUGCAUCCCCAUGAGCGUAAUGGCUCCAGCAAUGGGGAUGGGUGUGAUAAUCACCACAAGGAUAACUUGCGUCCAUCAUCACAAAAUGGAACUGGUCACCAGGAAAUUGAGAAGAACGGUGUUAGUACCACCCAGUCCAAGCCCUUGGGUUCUGCAACAAAGGAAGACCCCUGCAUUUUGCUUAGAAAAGACGAAUCAUCUCUGGACGAACUCGAAGCAAUAAAAGAGAGCCUGAAGAAAGACGCGUCGUCAUAUUUACGGUCAUGUGGUUGGUAUGAUAAAGUGGAGAUCUCCAUGCGUGCCAAGAAGAGAUUGCAUACAGAGCAAUCAGGAGAAAAUGGUGAAGAUGGUAACGACUUAAAGAGGAGGUUGAUAGAAAAUGUAAAAUCAAGUUUAAAAUCUCAGAUUCCAGAGGAAUUGAAAGCAGAUCUCGUAAACCGUAUCUGGGAAAUUAGCAAGAAGAAGUACUCGUGA